UACUAUACUACCCUCAACACUCUCUUCUCUUUCAAGAUUCAACCCACGCCUUGCAGACCCUUAUCAUCUCCGGCGUCUCACAGGAGAGGCAUUUCAAAAACAAAAUUUGGUCAAAGUCCUUAAACCCGAUCGCCACUUUUGCUUGAGAGUUUCAGUGUGAACACAAAUAUUGAGAGAGAGAGAGGAAUGAUUUAAAAAAAAGAUUGGAACUUCCUUUUGGACUGUUGCGUACCGCGUGAGCCCACAAACUCCCAAGCUAGAAGGCGUAUUGUGGCCUAUUUUGUGCAGAGAAGUGAGGGGAAGCUUUAAAACAGAAAUGAUGGAACACAAAAGAGGUCCCGUCUCACUUGAACAUAGUAGCAUGGCAUCUAUAGCUCCUAAACGUCACAAGGCAGAAAUGUCACUUUCUUCCAAGGAAAAGAAAGAGAAAUUUGGCGAGCGUAUCGCAGCUCUGCAGCAGCUUGUGUCACCAUUUGGAAAGACAGACACAGCCUCUGUUCUUUUUGAAGCAAUGGGGUACAUAAAUUUCCUCCAUGAACAGGUUAAGGUGUUGAGUGCUCCUUAUCUCCAUUCUACGACAGCAUCUAAUAUACAGGAAUCUCACCCGUACAGUUUGAGAGGUAAGGGCUUAUGUCUUGUGCCUCUGUCCUACACCAACGGAGUUGCCAGUAGCAAUGGUGCAGAUAUAUGGGCCCCCGUUAAGUCGGUUCCAAAAUGUUGAGCUACACCGCACUCUUCUUGCUAAGCAUGUGAACCAAAGUAGCUAUAAAUAAAACUGCAGUACAUUAACCCCGAGGCUCGCAGUGUUUUUGGGAAGCAUUUAGUAGUUAGAGCCUAUUACUUAUUGUCCAGUUUUAACGCAAAUGUAAAUGCUCGAUGAACAUGGAGAUGAAUGAUUGAUGUUGUCAGUACGCGCUUGCCCUUAAUAUUUGAAUCCAAGCAGUCAGUAUUGU